AGUUACUUCACCACACACACACACACGCACACUAUGAAUGCAGAUCGGGCUCGGUUUUUUUGCCACUUUUUUCGCAUCGGUUUUGUUGGGAAAUUUUUUUUUUGACGAAUUUGAAAUUUGGAUUUAAUCCAAGUAACAUUUGAUGAUUUGGCAAACCAAUUGAAAGGAAACAUUUUUAAGCUGGAAAAUUUGUUGCAAAUUCUGGAACAAAUGAAGUGGACGUGAGGGCGCCACCUAAAGGUUUUGAAAUAUAUUAAAAGUUUAGUCUUUGAACUGGAUAUUGGAAUUGAUUGAAAAAAGCAAUUGAAAUAAAUCGAUAGUAGAAAAAUUUGAAAUGGAAAAAAAUCGACCAAAUUCUCAGCGAAUUGUUUUUUUUUUUCAAAUAAAUUCAACAAAUUAAAAGACAUAACGUCUCGGAGAGACCAUUCAUCAUCCACCAAUAACCGUGAAUACCGACGAAAACCGAUUUAAACCGAUCGCCGUACGUUUACUCCGAUCGGCUGGAUCGAAACGUCAUUCACGGGCCACACAAUAGUUUGUGCACUGUUUUUAUAAACAAAUUGGUAAUGAAUGGCUAAACGAAAGAAAAAACCACAUUAAUAAUAAAUGAAUCAGAAGCGCAAAAAAAAAAAAAGCGGUCAAAUGAGUCUGACGUGAUUAAUUUGUGUGAAUGAAAAAUUGAUUGAAACGAAGUCGGGGUAUUUUUCGAUGGUGGUAUCACGAAUGGCGUUUACAAUAGGUUACAUUGAAUCGUGACGGAAGAAACGAAACAACGAAAUCAUAGAAGAAUACCUGUGACUUACUCGCGAGUAGGAAUAAUAGUUGAGUACGGGUGAGCGAUCGAGACGGAGCACAAUUAAAAAGAAACAAGUCUACAAAAGCAACAGUGCAUGACUAAUACCAUAAAAGUGCCCACGGAUUGUCUGUAGAAAUUUAAUUGACGGUGUGGCUGGAUUUCAAGAGCAGAAAUCAGAGAAAGAAAAUAGUUCGCGAUGGAAUUUCGGUUUGAUGUAACACCUUUAUUCAAAACUCACAUUGUUCGUGUUUCGAAUAACUUGGUGCCUCAAGGAUUCACUGGUGACAGGCGUAGCGUACUUGACGCAAUCGCCAAGAUCUCAGAUAUAAUAAACGAAUUGGGAGAGGCAUCGGCACGUGCUCAGGGACUAUCGAAAGCGGUAACUACCGCGCAAAAGCUCCGUAAUUCCGAUCAUAUCGUCUACUUGUUGUCUGAACCGACUGGAAGAAAUGGUUGCGUGACAGGACUUUUGAAAGUCGGUACCAAAACUUUGUACGUGUUUGACGAGAAUGGCGAAACAAAACCCGUGCCCGCCAUGUGUGUACUCGACUUUUAUGUGCAUGAAUCACGGCAACGUGCCGGUCUCGGACGAGAGAUGUUUGAUGUGAUGCUCGAACGAGAGGGUGUUGAGCCUCAAAAAUUGGCCAUCGAUCGACCAUCCGAUAAACUAAUCGCUUUUCUACGCAAACAUUACGGUUUGGUCCACAGUAUUCCGCAAAUGAAUAAUUUCGUCAUUUACAAGGGCUUCUUUGAUGAAACAUCAAGCCGUUCGGCGCCAAAUUCAGCUGGAUCUGAGUCAAAGGUUGAUGCAAGCCCAAAUGCUGCUUUUUUUGGUGGCCAUGCGAAUGAUGAGUAUAAAAAACGCUUUGCUAGAAAGAGUGCUGCACCAGACAACUUGCCGUUUGUACAGAGUUCGCCAAUGGGACGAUUUGGAGCCAAAAGACCUACAUGUAGUAUGGCCGAGAUCAUUCAUAGUUCACCGUCAGCGGUAGCCAACGAACCGCACAGUGAUGAGAAUGAGCGAAAGGAGUCGUGGAUUGAGGCCGAAUCCAGUCAACCAUUGGCCGAUGCAGAUGACGUGGAUGGUGGUACAGAUGCGAGUGAUGCCGGUGAUUCGAAGACAACAAACAUUGAUUACAGCAAGAGCGUUGAGGACAUAAUUGCUGAUAUUGAAAGUGCUAGUCUUUCGUUGGAUCCACCAACUGCAAACGGUAGCGGUGGCGGUGAUUCGGGCAAAUCACGUGAAGUGAAAUUUAACGAUGCAAUUAUCGAAGCUGAACAGUCGCAUAUCCGAAAGCAAGUCAAACCAAAUAAACAGCAUACCGGAUUGAAGAAUAUUUCAUCAAAUGUGGGUGCGGCUGUUGCACCAUCCAAUAAAAUGGAAUUCGAUCAAGAAGCACCGGAAAGUUUUGGUGUGGUUAAGAUCGGUCGGCCAAUUGGUAAAUCAGAGCAUCAAGAUGAUGCCGUUUCGACCAUUUCGUCGAUCAAUUCCGAAGGAUUAACCGAACAAGGCUAUUUCGAUUUGAAAUUUUAUCACAAUAAACUCUGGUAAACGAUGAUCAUUUCAACAACACUUUUUAUAUAUCGUACAACAUAUACAUAUAUACGUAUCGCAAAACCAAACCAAAACUAACGAUCCUUUAAACAAACUAUUUAAACAACACUUACCGUGCAAUAUUCGAGACACAGUCUUUGUGUGGGGUGUCAAAGUCAUAAACAGACGAACCAAAUAUUUAUAUUAGAAUAAAAUCGAUUGUGAAACCAUUUUUCUCCCACUUCGCUUCACUUUUCCAGGCGCAAAUUUACCGGAAAUUAAAAAAAAACGUUGCCUCUAUGAUUGAAAUCCAUGCGAUAUUCAUGAAAAAAAUAAUUUGCGUAGAACCAAAAAAAACAUAAAAAAUUGAACAAUUCUAAUGAAAUAAAAAGAAAAUAAAUAGACAAAUCGCAUCUAAUUGUUCGAAACAUUCUUGGAUUCGUCUCGCAACGAUCGAGAUUUAAAUUGGGCUCAAUGUUUUUGCAAAAAUCUUCUUUUUUACACACGUAGUACAAUUUUACAUAUAUUAAGUUAAAGCAUUGGAUUUAUUUGCGCUUAACAAUUUUAAUUUUUGGUUUUUCAAUGAACAAGCAAUUUAAUGUGCAUCGCACUCAACGUUUUAUUGAUAGAAUUCCUUUCUGUUUGGUAUUUUUUUUUGAAAAAUGCCUCUUUGUGUUCACUUUAUUAAAGACAUUUUUAUGUCCAUUGAUUACAAUUUAUUGAGUAUAACAUGAAAUGUAAGUCUUUUGUUUUUUGGCUUAUUCAUUAGCGUUUUCACAUAGUGAAAUAUUUGAUUUUCCAAUAAAUUUGCCAAGUUUUUCCCUUAGAAUUUGUGCGAGAUCGUAGUGCAAUACAAGUAUUAUUGAAUAACUUUAUAUAAUUAUUUGUUUUUUUGUUAACGUCUAUAAAUCGCUUGGACCCAUUUGUAUGUCUCUGUUUGAUAUGAAAAAAAAAAAUACUAAUAAGAAAAUGAUUCUAAUUCUUUAUAUACAUGCAAAGUAAUUAGACAAAAACAAACUUCAUACAAAGACUUUGAGUACAAUGUGCUUACAUAUUAAUAAUAAAAUUCGUAUUACAAAACCUUA